AUGACAGCGGGAAAGGCAGGGUUCAGAGCUAUCAUUGCCGGAGGCGGCAUCAGUGGCCUUUGCUUGGCCAACAUGUUUGAGAGACUCGGCAUCGACUAUGUUCUCCUCGAGGCAUAUGGCGAAGCCGCCCCGCAGGUGGGAGCCAGCAUCGGACUACUACCAAACUCGCUACGUAUCCUAGACCAGCUGGGUUGCUACGACGACAUCCGGGCUCUGACAGAGGAACCCUCGCAGACUGCCUAUGCCAGAGGGCCAGACGGGAACAAGCUGAUGACCCUGUCGAACCUAUCUUUGCACAUGAUCAAAAGGCACGGUUAUCCCAUUCUUUUUGUCGACCGUCAAAUGGUUUUACGGGUGCUGUACGACCAUUUGGAAGACAAGUCUAAGGUGCUGCUUAACAAAAAGGUUACUAAAGUUGCACUCUCCGCGGAACGAGUGGAAGCCACUGUCGCGGACGGCUCUUCAUAUGUCGGCGACAUCUUGGUUGGAGCCGAUGGAGUGCACAGCUUCGUCAGGAGAGAAAUGUGGCGCAUCUCCGACGAGGUCUCACCUGGCCCCGUUCCUCACUCUGAAUACAAAGCCAUGCCGUGUGAUUACGGGUGUAUCUUUGGAAUCUCCAGACCCAUCGAGGGGAUAGACUUUCAGAACAUUCACACCGUGUUCAAUAAAGACCACUCGCACUUGGUUAUUGCCGGCCCUGGGGCGCGAGUGUAUUUCUUUCUCUUUUUCAAACUCAACCGCACUUACGGCCCAAACAUUCCCAGAUUCACCAAGGAUGACGAGGAAGAAUUGGCCAGGAAGCAUCAGGAUGAUCCCAUCACCGAGACAGUGAGAUUUCGGGAUAUCUACAAUCACCGCACUGUGUCGGUCCUGACUGCACUGCCCGAAUACGUCUUGGAGAGGUGGCACUUUGGCAGAAUCAUGACCAUUGGGGAUGCGGCUCACAAGUUCGAGCCACUUUCAGGCCAAGGGGGCAACAAUGCCAUUGAAACGGCAGCCGCUUUGACCAAUGCAUUGCAGUCGGCUCUGGACUCUCACCCACAGGGGCUGAACGACAAGGACAUGUCGUUCGUGUUUGAGCAGACGAAGAACCUCCGGGCCCCGCGUUGCACCCAGCUCGUGAAUGAAGCACAUCUUCAGCAGCGGAUUGAAGCCAUGGAAAAUGGCUUCUUCGGAUGGCUUGCCUGCCGCAUCAUUCCGAAGCUGCAUCUGGAGACGCAUCUAAGAAGAUGGACAGACCCCGCCGUUGCUUCAGUCCGCCUCAACGGGCUGGCGGUUCCUAAACGCAGCAGGUUCGUGCCUUACGACGAUGAGCUGCCAUAUCCUCCACUUCGUGGGAAAUGCGUCUCGACGUUCGCAAUGGCCUCGCUAUUUGCUGCGUUGGUCUGGACGCAGACAGCAGGGCUGCCUUUGCUCGACCAGCUCUUGGCCCAGUGCUGUAUUCUUCAUGCGGAAUCACCAGCACGUGUCUUCUCUGGACUUGACAGGUUUACUGCGGCGAUUUCGACCCCCCACUGGAGCAUGUUUCUCCCGGUCUACGUGAUUUGGACCGUGGAGGGCUACCGCAACGGCAGCUCCCGGACUCUGGUGUCAUUCCCAUCCCUAUGGGCCAUGGCUUCCUACUUUUUAGGACUUGGCAUCGUUGCUCCGCUGCACUGUUUUGUCAGUGUCUUCGCGACAUCAAACGACACUUAUGCACGGACAUCUGGGCGCCCACUUCCAGUCGCCGCUGCCAGAGCAGUCCUUGUGUCAUCGCUCGCCGUCUGCAUUACCGCGGCAAUGCCUCUUCUUCUCGGCCAGUGGCACGUUGAUGUUCCCGGUCCAGCAUUGGCGCUGAUCCCACAGGUGCCACUGUUGGUGCCGCUCCUCACGCUUCUCCCCCAUCUUCUCCCUUGCCACCAUCAGGAUUCCGCACUGGACAUGUACGAAGGAAACGACACGCCGUUGCUACGAGUCGUGUACUUAAUCUCCUUCCUCACCGCAGCCGCCGCUCAUCUGUGCGUUGCUUUCCAGUCAUGGCCGUCUCCAGACGUCUUGAGCGGAGCCUACGCUGUGCCUUCGCACGACUCCAUUGCCGGGCUGGCCGCCAUCUGCUGCUGGUGCUUCUACAGCAUCUAUGAGGUGCGGCGGCUCGGCUACGCUUCCACGCCACAGGCUCUGAGAGCGGCCUGCGUUCUCGUCGCGGGCCAAGUGCUGGUGGGGCCGGGAGCGGCGUAUGCCGGAGUGUGGUACUGGCGUGAAGAAACGGUGGCUCGGCUAUCUAUUGGUAGUGGGCAGAUGUAA